GGAAAUCAUUCGUAAAACAGUGAACUGUCUAAUAAGAUGAAGUAUAGUGUAUUAAUAAUACUGGCGGUAGUAGUGCCUCUAACUUAUGCAGCUAGUCUACCAGAGCCUGAGAUUCCUGCCUUCGUUAAAACGAUAAAGGAUCUCCAUCGUGGGCCACCAAGGCAGCCCAGCAGCAACCGUGCCAAUGUGGAGACUCGAUGGAUCACUCAGAAACUGGACAACUUCGAUGACAGCAAUACCGCAACAUGGGAAGACCGUAUCCUGAUCAACGAGGACUAUUUCGUAGAUGGCUCUCCAAUAUUCAUAUACCUUGGCGGUGAAUGGGAGAUCAAACCUGGCGACAUAUCAUCAGGACAUUUGGUGGACCUCGCAAGGAAAUAUAACGGAGCCGUGAUUACCACAGAACAUCGAUUCUUUGGUAAAAGCUUUCCUAUCAGGCCACAAUCAACCGAGAACCUCAAGUAUCAGUCUGUGAAUCAAGCCCUGGCUGAUGUGAACAAUGUUAUUAAAGUUUUAAAACAGGAAGAUAAGUACAAGGACUCGAAAGUUAUUAUCUCCGGAUGUUCCUACUCCGCAACAAUGGCGGUUUUUUUCAAAAAGUUAUAUCCCGACGUAGCUGUGGGUAGUUGGGCAUCCAGUGCACCUUUAAAAGCCAAAGUCGACUUCAAAGAGUAUAUGGAAGUUGUUGGGGAAGCAUUAACUCAACUAGCAGGAGAUUACUGCUAUGAUCUGAUCAAUAAUGCCACUGCCUAUUAUGAGGAUUUGUUUGACAGUGGAAAUGGAGAACAGGCCAAGAAAGAGUUGAACCUCUGCGAUAGCUUUGAUGCCACAAACGAAAAAGAUAGAUGGCAAAUCUUUAGUACGAUUGCAAACGUAUUUGCCAACCUCGCCCAAUACCAAAAACCAGAAAGUUAUGACCUGGCCAAGUACUGCUCUGUUCUUCGUAGCUUCAGUAAUGAUGAUUCCGUAGCUCUGUCUAAAUUUUUACAGUGGCGUCUCAAUAAUCCUAAAUGUGUUAACUCCAGAUACCAGGGAACUGUUGACUAUUACAAGUGGGCCAUGGACAACGACGAUGGCUCCGGUGUGGCCUGGACCUACCAGACUUGCAGUGAAUUUGGCUGGUUCCAAUCUUCUAAGAGCCCUAAUCAACCCUUCGGCUCUUCUUUCCCGGCAACUCUUUACACUGACACAUGUCACGAUGUCUUUGGAUCAGACUUUACAGAGAAUGAUAUUCAAGGGUAUAUCAAAGCAACCAACGAUGAAUUUGGAGGUAUCCAUCAGAAUAUCAAGAACCUUUACAUGACCCAUGGCGGACUAGAUCCCUGGAGUAAAGUUGGAGCUGGAAAGGCUCAAGGUGCCACCAUUAUCCCACAAGCUUCUCACUGCUCCGACUUGGGCUCAAUCAGUGCAACAGAUAGUCCUGGAUUGACUGCUGCCAAGGAGCGACUAGCUGAGCUGGUUGCCGAGUGGCUUGCCUAGGCCUAAGUCAAGUGGCUUUAAACUUUCAUUUAUAAUAAAUUCUGUUUUUGGAUUUUUUUGUAUAUUAUACGUUUUAAUAUAUAAUGAUUAAAU